AUGCAGCAUCUCCGCCUACUGAAACAGAAGGCCCGCAUAUUUGUCGAGGCAAGUCUGAGGAGGCAUAAAGUAUUCGAAAGCCGCACAGCUUGGCCAAAGCCGUUUCGAGACUCUGUCGGAGCCUCAUACACCCCCGCUAUGCCAGAAACCUUCUUCGAACUAGCGGACCCAACCCAUACCCUGCUGUAUGAUCACGGCUGGCGGCGGCAAUGCAGAGUUAGCCAUGGAUGUUCUGGCUUACCUGAGGUGUUCGUGCACCUGACGAAGCCAGCCCUCCCACCCUGGGAGCUUUGUGGGGGCUGGAGUGAAGCAGCAGCAGCUGGCAGCGGCAGCAGUUCCCUUGACACCCCAGUAUUGCCAGCACUGAAAGUAGCCAAAGCGGUCCCAUGGGUCUCAUCAGCCAGCAGCGUAGCCCCCACUUCUGAAGUUCUUUCAGGCGUUGUUGCGAUUAUUAAGUCUCCUUGCCUGCAUCCGGGGGACUUACAGCUCUGCUAUGCGGUACGCCAAGGAGAAGGCUGCGUGCCGUGUGGCGGUGCAUCCUCGAGGCUGCUCAACCCUUGUCGUAUGGCUCUGCUAUUUGGUCUGGAGCAGUGCCUGUGGAGUUUGACGCUUGCUUUGCAGGUUGGCCCCGAAGACCUGCCUCCAGAUUCUCCUCUAAGGGCCCCAUUUGAGCGCGAGCCAACAACAGAGGAUCCAGAUCCUCCAUGCUUCGCCUUUAGAGAUCUCGUGGUGUUCCCCUCCCCUCCGCUUGGCUCAUACACGGAAAGUGCAGAUGGGAUCUGGCCCCCUGUUGAUUCCCGUCAUCCAGCAGUUUUCCGCAACCAAGGGCCAGGCCUCCAGUACUGUUUUCGGGAUAUUCCCAACAUGCUGUCUGGAGGAGACUUGGACGGCGACAGAUACUGGAUCAUUUGGGAGCCUUCGAUCGUGCAACCGCUGCUGGAGAACUGGAAAAGGGGCCUUGCUGCCCCCCCCUCCUCUGUGCAUGAGCCAGCCAUCAAUGCCCACCCUGAAGAGCCACAGGGGUUUGUGAGCACCAGCGGCCAGCUCACUGGGCCUGUCACCUGCGACGAUGCCCUGUCUAGCGGCAGCAGGAGCAGCGGCAGCAGCAGGACCGGCAGUGAGACGGAGGUGUAUAGCGACACGAGUGAUGCAGCAGCAAGUAGCUGCACCAAGGCUACAGCAAACGGUAGACAGGAGGAACACCGGCAGACUGGUGGCUGGCAAGCGUCAAUACCCGCAACAGCCUCACUUACAAGGUCCCAGGAGAAACAUGAGGCAGCCUCAGAGGAGUCACGCAGAGAGGCCUACGUGAAGGUGGAAGCACAGCAGGCAAAGAAAGGGAAUGCGGCGGGGAACUCACUAUUGGGGGAAACGGAGUCGGCUGAAGGCAAUAACACCCAUAAGCAGAGGACAGACGCUCCGCAGGACGCAGACAUAGUACUGCACAGGAAAGGCAAACGUGAAGAAGACGAACCUACGCGCAAGAGGGUGGGCCUCUUGGGUACAGGACCGACAGAGCGGCAAGACAUUGAAAAGCUCACGCGGUUUCUGCUACGCGUCCAAGGCCUGUGUCAACUGGGCGUCAUUUCGAAUACGCACUUGCGCUUGUGCCACUCCCCUAAUGCCUACUACGAGGAGAACCCCUUGAAGGCCAAGGGCUUCAACCGGUUGUCUCUGGCUCUUGCUGACCUCGCCGCUGCUGCAGUAGAUGCCCCCAAAACGGGAAAAAAGGUUGUACUGAAAAAGCGUCUGCGCUGCGUGUUAAUGCCCCACUUCUUAGUGAGGCCCGAAAAGCGACAUGCGGACUUCGCGGGGUUUCCAGGGGAGAUAGCAUCUAGAGUUAUUGCUUCAAGAAGUCUCCUUGGAAGCCUGUACGACCGCGUCCUGCCACAUGCUCUACUAGCAACGCCUUCCUAUCUGACUCCCAGGGCACUGUCGGGUAAGCCUCUGAUGCCUCGAUCAAAGACAGACCCGCUGAUAUCUUGCUAUACAGACGGGCUCGCGUCGGCGACAAAAAUCCAAUCAGUAAAGACAGGAGAGGCAUUCGCAUGUGGAUUCCUUACACGGGGUUUUGCAGCAAACGGCGGUGCUGUCUCGCUCUGUUGUGCAGGCAACUCCGAUCCACGCCUAUUCGCCCCCUUGCGGGUUAAAGUCACGUGGGGUGGCGUGCAGUACAAGGAGGAGGCACAGCGCCUCUGCGCUGGUGACGGCCGGGUUCACAUGCUUCUGGCUGACGUAGAGCUUCCAGCCUCUCUCCUUAUUGGGGGGCCUUCUCCCCCCGAUUAUGCGCAUCGUGGAGCUCCUGGCGGCACCCUUACAGCUCUCCGCUUCUCAUUUCCUAACUGCCUUGUCUGCGCGCAACGCAGCAGCUGCAGCCUAGCACCUGCAAGGGGGCCUCCUGGUGCCUGCUGUCUUCGCGUUCCAGCCAGCGCCCCGGGAGCCUUGCAGUCUCGCCGCGUCGAGUGCAUCUUGGUGCAUCAGGAGGCGAGCGUUGGGGAUUCGAUUCCUUAUCCGCUGCUCUAUUGCUCCCUCAGCUGCUCCCUCGGUCUCCCUGUUGGCGAUGCCGUUGCUGCGGUGACGCAACUAACUCUUGGAGGCACGUCCUUGCCCUGUAACGCCAGCACUCUAGCUGCUGGAGUGGUGUCUACAACUAGACCGUUGCUUGUCCGUAUGCAAAAAUGCAGCAGCUCUGGGAGCUUGCGCUCGAGGCUGGCCUCUCUAUCUAGCCUUGCUAUUUUUUGUCAGCUACAGCUGCUUAUGGGUGGAUGGACGUCUGCUCGUCCUGCUGGCUUGGCCUUCAUACACUGCACAACGAAGGCGUUCUUCCCGUAUUUAUACUGUGCUGCAGUCGCUGUGGAGUACGUGGAGGCUUGCUCCGGAGAGGUCCUUGUAAGCCCCGCAGCCUUUGGAGCAGCGUGUGUCCUUCCCUCGCCUCCUCUUUGGGGGGGCGACCAGCACGCGGUGUAUGUUCAUUGCUCUAAAGCUGUCGAGGACCUGCAGCUAACGGGUGCUCCUGCAGUGCUCGCUGCUGCGGCAGCUGCAUGUGCACCCGCUGCCCUGCGGAGCAGGUUGACUGUGCUCUCCGACAACAGCAGCAACAGCGGCAAGACUUCCCCAAUCUACCUCGGAGAACUUGGCUCAGACAGCCCCCUCGCAGCGCAACUAUUAUCUUUUCUCUUUCAUAGAGGCACUGGGUCGGAUUGCUGCGCGAUUCCCUCCGGAGAAGACAGAGAGGAGCCCCUGGUUCUGCUCUCGCGCACUCCUGACGGAGUGACCUGGGAAGACUGGCGGGAUGUUUCCUGGCUGCCUGAGCUGCCGCGUGAGCUGUUUCUGCUGCGGUGCAUUUCCGUUGGUCCGCUCUUGGGAAGCAACCCUAGCCACAAAAGCGGCGAUGACAAACAAGCGCUGCAAACGAGUGAAAUGAUCUCAGCCGAUCGGCUGCUAGAACAGCUCACGCGUUUGGUGAACGCAGCAGUAACAAGCCAGCAAGCGAAGGCCUUGCAGCUAUGUCCGCACUUGCGCCCCCGCCUAGACGUCUCUUCCCCUCCCGUUGCAGCUGUGUACAGGGGGGAAGGGUCUCUAAGAAAAAACGCAAAGCUCUUUGUUGUGUUGGACCGCCCCCUCACCGGGCUUUGCCUUCUUCUCCUUCUGGACGAUCUGCUAGCCAAGUUGCCAACAAGCUGGACUCCGGGCUUCAAAGGAAUGAAGCUUUUUCAAGUCCUAGGUCUCAGGAUUCAAAUACCCCAGCAGGUUACUGAUUGCUUCGAAGAGCCCCUAUUCAAAGCCUUGCAGAAGAGCUCAACGUUCGGCGAAGGCGCCAUGGAUGUGCCAGGUGUCAAGACACUCAUGCAACAUCACUGGAAGGAGCGGAAACAUCUGCACGUGCAGCUUUCCGAACAAUGGCUGGAGCAACAGGAACGGCAAGAGCUUACCUCGCACGUGGUUGCUUCUCGAUUGUUGCGGCAGGCAACGGAAAGCGUUGCUCUCCAAGAGGCCGCACAGCCAAAAGACAUAAUCCCCACCAGCAAGUACAAAGCUACUCUUGUGUUUAGCAGCUCCUGGGGUGCCUCAUCCUUCUUGCGAUUCCAUUCAAAGGGGAUCGGAUUUCCUCAAGAGGUGACUCUCUACCGGCCUCCGCUGCCUGUUGAAGCAAAGCUAAGUCCCUUCUGGCCAGGAGUGCACUGGGCUGUACGGAAGCAGGCUAAAGAGCAACGGGAGGUUCUGAAUGCAGGUGAGCCUGCUAGAGUUGCUGGACUGGCUGAACUUUCUGUAUCUAUCCGUGGCUGUAUCUGCAGAGCAACAGCACUAAACGAUGCAACAGGGCUACCCUGUCAAAACGCUAUGCUUUGGCACCCCUGUGCAUUUGCAGCCAUGAAGGCGACACCUAAGAGCCCUUGUCCAACGGCAGAGGGCGAUGAGGAGGCGUCCACACGGCGUUUUAGUGCACCAGAACCACACAACUUGGCGUCACUUCCAUUGUCUAAGCUUCCUUCCUGGCACUUACGCAGAAGGGGCGUCAACACACAAAGAGACUUAAUCGCACUGCUUGAAGAGCUCUACCAUGGAGCUUUGCCGCUACCCAUUAGCACGCUAGAAGGCCUCUACGGAGCACUCCCCGGAAACUCAUACGGGAGUCUGUAUGCGAACCCCUGCACGGAACCACAGGCAGUGUCCUUAGACCUAGACCUGCUCUCUUACUGCCCCGACCGGCUGCUGGAGUUUAUAACAGAAGUAGCAAGUCUAAAGCUCGCGUGGGAUAGGGCCGUGCGGCAUCUGAUGUUUCGGUUUGGAGUGCGAGACGAGGCUUCCCUCCUCUCAGGUCAAAUAGAUCCUGAGGCUGUGGUUUCGUUGGGUCACAUGGAGAGCUGGCCACUCAAGAUGUUACUGAGCAUUAGCGGCCUCUGCUGCUCCUUCAUUCCCCGCCGUUUCUUUGGCCUGGAUCUCAACUACGAGCAGAAACGCAUCGUCGCUGUUACUGCCUACUACCUCUCGUACGUCCCUCAAGAAAAACUCGAGGCCUUCGUGGCCCUGCGGAAAAAACCUUUGAAGAAAUCCCGCUUCACAGCGCCUCCUAGGUCAUCGGAGGCGGAUACCGAGGGGUCUCCUCCAUUAAGCAGUGAAGAAAUACGUGCUUUCGAAGCUUUAGGCAUCUUAAUUGCAGAUACUCAGCCUCUGUCUCCCCUUAUGACAAAAAACAACAGCACCGCGACACACCCCGAACAAAGAAGCCCCUGGCAAGAGAAGACCCCGUCAUCCAAAGAGGCAGAAGGCAGUGGCCGCUUCUCGGAAGAGCAAAGCCGAGUAUUACACACGGGGAUUAGAGGACCAGAGGACGCAUGCAGCCCGAGGCAGCAUCUACUCAAGCAUCAGAGUCUGCAGCAGCAGCAGCUGUUUUCGUUCCCGUGGAUGCUCUAUAACAAUGAGCUCAAAGACAUAAAAGCCAUUGCCCUUGGCAGCGGUGCGCUGCAUGUCGCGUAA